AUGACCAUGGAACGUACUCGGAAGAUCGCUGUGUCCGUGGAUUGCGGAACUACUCAUACGAGUGUUGCAUGGAUUCAUCCCGACUCUACGAAUGUGAGAUUUAUCGACACUUGGCCCGGAACGCAGACCCGUUCGACGCGUGUCCCGACCCGCAUCGCCUACAGUUUCAAGAAGCGAGUCCUCCAAAACGCGGCAUGGGGAUACAUGAUUACCGAAGAUCAUGUAACUUCUUCCUGGGUUAAGCUCCUCUUAGAACCUGAAGUAACGGAAAAGAUCAUCGCCGAUGACAACGAGCAGUGGAAAGAUUCCGUGGGAAUCUUCCACCGGCCUGGAGGCAGGGACCCUACCAGUAUCAUUAGAGACUUCCUGGACCGCCUCAGGAAAUACUCGGAAACUCACAUUAAGAGAAAAUGCAAUGACAACAACCUUGGGAUAUUGCCAUUUGCAUACAUUCUGACUGUACCGGCGACAUGGUCGGAAGUAGCUAUAAGCUCCAUGAAGAAAGCCGCCCGGGCAGCAGGUUUUCGCGGAAUUGCUGGAGACGACCCUCUCGUCCUCUCUGAGCCAGAAGCAGCACUGACAACAAUGUUAUGUGAUCAGUUGAUUCCCAUUCAGGCGGGAGAUGGAGUCGUUGUCUGUGACUGUGGAGGUGGAACGCUUGAUAUUGGCACCUACGUCAUCCACCAGAAAGAGAUUGGGGACUACAGAACUGUAAGCAACUACACAGAUCCUUCGGGGGGUAGCACUAUGAUAGACCGGGAAUUUUACGCUGUCGCGUCUGAUGAUUUGAAGUAG